AUGAUCUUUAGGUAUGCAUACCUAAAAUGCGUCGCUCUUUUGUUACGCACCCUCACCCGCAUUGCUGUGGGUCACCUGGCAAAUUCAAGUCCGGAUGAAAUAGUAUACCUGCCUUCAAGAGACGCGGGAAGGCCCAUAAAAGCACACAUUUAUCAUCCGCAGAGAGCUUCAGAACAAAGGCCAAGCGCGGUGUUACUCAACUUUCAUGGUAGUGGUUUCGUCCUACCUGGACAUGGAAGCGAUGAUCAAUUUUGCCGUUUCAUUGCCACCCGGACAAAUUACACCGUCCUUGACAUCCAAUAUCGCUUAGCCCCAGAGCAUCCAUUUCCGGCAGCUUUUCAAGAUAUUGAGGACACUGUCAAGUAUGUCCAUUCACAUCCGACCAUCUACGAUGUUAAUGCUGUCGCCCUUUCCGGCUUUAGUGCGGGCGCCAAUCUUGCUUUGGCAGUCUCCUCUGCAUCUAUGUUUCCCGCCAAUGCCUUUUCUGCAGUGGUGUCUUUUUACGGCCCAGCAGACCUCGCUCAGGACCCCGCAGAUAAGCAGCCCUUUGAUAACACAGGCAAAAAAAUGCCUGCUUGCGUAUCUCGAUAUUUCCAUCGAUGCUAUAUCCAACCUAAUGUGGAUCGAAAAAUUCCUGGAAUCUCUCCUUCAUACACACCGCCGGAGAAAUUCCCUGCGAAGCUGUUGUUUAUUACUGCAUCUCAAGACUCAUUCGCACCCGAGACAGAGGACCUUGCCCGCAAGAUAUCUAUAUUGCCUGGCAGGCAAGUCUCCAUCCGAAGGUUCGAGAACUGCCCGCAUGGGUGGGAUAAGGGAGCACAGGAGGGCACCGUUCUCGGAAAAGCAAGAAAUGAGGCGUACGAGCUGGCUGCUAGGUUCUUGCUCGAAUGA